AUGACAGACAAUAACGCCCCUUCCCCCUCAAUUGAGGUCAAGAACCUAUCCUUCCAGUUCCCCGAUGGUUCUGCCGGCUUGACCGAUGUCAAUCUCCAAGCCCCCGCCGGCAGUCGAACCUUACUUAUCGGAGCCAAUGGCGCAGGAAAAACCACCCUCCUCCGCCUCCUAGCCGGAAAACGUCUAGCUCCCACAGACACCAUCACCGUCGCAGGCAAAGACCCCUUCAAGGACGGCCUCGAAGGCGUAACCUACCUCGGCAUGGAAUGGGUUCUUAACAACAUCGUCCGCACCGACAUCGACGUCCCUACCCUCCUCGCCUCCGUCGGCGGCAAUGCAUACCCUGACCGUCGGGAUGAACUCGUCGACAUCCUCGACAUCGAUCUCAACUGGCGCAUGCACGCCGUCUCGGACGGCGAACGUCGUCGCGUCCAGCUAGCUAUGGGCCUCCUCCGGCCCUGGCAAGUCCUCCUCCUGGAUGAAAUCACCGUCGAUCUGGACCUCCUCUCUCGCGCCAAUUUCUUGGCCUUCCUUAAACGUGAGACCGAGAUCAGACCCUGCACUAUUGUUUAUGCGACCCACAUCUUGGAUAACUUGUCGCUGUGGCCUACUCACCUUGUCCAUAUGCAUUUGGGAAGCGUGCGUCAGUGGGGUCCCAUUGAGAAGUUCCGCGAGGAGGUUAAGGAGUCUUCAGAGAAUAGUCAGCUUGGUGUGCUCGUGCUGAAGUGGCUCAAGGAGGACUUGCAAUCUAGGGGUCCGAGAAAUGGAUCUACUAGUCAGGCUAAGACUUACCCGACGCUGGAAGGUUUGGGCGGGUAUGGCUUGGAAAAGCGACCUGCUACUUGA